AUGCGUUCCUCCUCUCUUGCCGUAGUGGGAGCCUUCACCAGCCUGGUUUCUGGUCUCGUCAAUGCGGCUGUCAUCGAGGUACGCGUCGGUGACUCUGGCACGGGCUCUACGACUUCUGAUGUGUUCCCGCCUAACGGUACCCAAGUCAACUCUCAGCUCUUCCGGCCAGAGUCCCAAGUAGGCUACGCAGGACCCACUCCCACGGGUGUCGAGCCCGGAGCGGCAGCCACAGCAGCCAUCUAUGCUUCCAACACUGGCGCUACCGGCAACUUUCCGCUUGUCGUCGAAGACCCACUCGAAGAAAGCGACAGCGACUUUGAUGUCUUCAAGCACUGGGGUAAUCUGUCCCCUUGGUACUCUGUGCCGUCUUCCGACUUUGGGCUGGACGAUACGUCUCCGCUCGUACCCGGAAACUGCUCCAUCACUCAGGUCCAUAUCAUCUAUCGACAUGGUGCGCGAUACCCCAUUUCUGGCGCUGCCCCGACACUCUUUGCCGAGAAACUCGCCAAUGCUACGAAUUUGACUGCUGAGGGCGAGCUGGACUUUUUGAAUGGGUGGACGUACAAGCUGGGAGCGGAGCUGCUGUCGCCUUUCGGAAGACUCCAAGAGUUCAGUCUUGGGCUGGCGAAUAGGCAGCAGUAUGGGAUACUGUUGAACAACUUUACGGAGCAAGGGACGCUUCCUGUCUUCAGGACAGAGAGUCAAGACCGGAUGGUCAAGACUACCGCCAACUUUGCAGCCGGCUUCUUUGGUGUACCCGAGUAUCUCGACGAGGUCAACAUUGAGCUCAUGGUAGAGGCCGACGGCGUCAACAACACCGGCGCUCCCUACUCCAUUUGCACCAACGCCAACAACUUCCGGGGCAAGCUGGGGAGCACCGCCGCUGCCCAAUUCGCUCAGAGUGCUUUCAACGGGACUCUCGACAGGCUUCAAGGUCAGCUAUCCGGCCUUGAGCUUGACUCGGAGGACAUCAUUGCUAUGCUCCAGCUCUGCGCGUACGAGACGGUCUCUCUGGGCUACUCCGUCUUCUGCAAGGUCUUCACAGAGGAAGACUAUAAGAACUUUGAGUACUAUUACGACCUCACGUUCUACUAUGAGCAAGGAUUCGGCUCCCCUGUGGCUGCAGCCCAAGGUAAGGGGUUCCUGGAGGAGUAUGUGGCUCGCUUUACCCAAACGCCGAUCACCACAUCAGACUCUGCUCUGAACUCUACUUUGGACAGCGACCCCACCUACUUUCCGCUCAAUCAAUCCAUCUAUGCCGAUGCCACACACGAAGUCGUUGUCCUCGACUUUCUCUCCGCGCUUAAUUUGACAGCACUAUACUCGACUGGACCUCUCCCGGUGGUAGAAUGCUCAGACUUGGCGCCCACAAAGCAGAUUCGGUUCAUCCUUAAUGAUGAUGUUGUUCCCAUCCACGACAGCUACGAAGGCUGCGAGUGGAAUAAGGACGGGCUUUGCGCUUUCGACACUGUGGUCUCUGCUUUGCAGAAGCGAAUCGAGGAGAUUGAUUUUGCAUAUGACUGCUUUGGCAACUACACUGUGGAGGUUGGGAAAGAUUAUAAUGGCCGAGCACCGAGAGAGUGA